AUGGCUCAAGUUACGACUGCCCGAAUUCUACCACCAAAAGUCCAAAUGCACAUAAUGAGCUAUCUAGAUCACGAAGAUUGCCUCGCUCUUAUCCACAAAACUGGACGAUAUACCGGCACCACCGUGCUUGUUGCCGAUGCGCAACAAUACGAAACAUUUUACGAUUCACUCGUUGCGCGGACACCGAGACUUGCUCAACAGGUCCUGGUGUGGAUGUUCCUUCAAGUUUAA